AUGACACUCCGACGAGACUCUCUGCCUUCGUUCCUCUUCCUCUGUUUGUUCCAUCUGCUGGCGGCGCCAUCCAAUGCAGCACCCAUUCUCCAAGCCAUCAACUGCUCCACGUCAGGCAACUACACCGCCACCGACGCCUACGCCACCAACGUGAACCAGUUCCUCGCCGCGCUCCCAGAGAACGCCGUCUCCAAGAACGGCGGCUUCUUCAACGGCACGGUAGGCUUGGGCCCUGACACCGUAUAUGGCCUUGCCAUGUGCCCUGCAGACUACUCGCGCGCUGAUUGCGGCGACUGCCUCACGGCAGCUGCUGGCAGCGACGCCGAUGGCUUGCGGAGUAGCUGCCCCGGCAGCAGAACCGUGCUCGCCAUGUUCGACCGGUGCCUCAUCCGUUAUUCGGACGUUAACUUCUUUGGCACGCCUGAAAUAGGUGCCAUGUACACGUCUGGUGGUGAGAGCACUUCAACCAGCUGGAAGGCCUACUCGGACGACUUGGGGCGUAGCUUUUCCGAAGCGACGGCCAGGGCGGAGAUCUCGCCGCAGCGGUUCGCGAGUAGCGUGGGGAGGCCGUAUGUGUUGGUGCAGUGCACGUGGGAUCUACCGGCAGACAAGUGCAAGCAGUGCCUGGACGUGCUGUCGACCAACGCGACUGACUUCUGGAUCCUGAGGAGAGAAGGGCAGCAGAGGAGCUACAGCUGCAGUGUGAGGUACAGCAACACGAGCUUCAUGGUCGUGCCGUUCACUGCCCCUUCACCUCCAUUGCAGCAAUCCGUGAAUCAAACGGCCACGCCAGCUUCUCCACCUCAGCAAUCCGUGAAUCAAACGGCCACGCCAGCUUCUCCACCAUCGAGCUCCUCCAUUGGUGCUCGAGCAGUUACUGUGGUCGGACCUGUCGUUGCUGUAGUUGUGGUGGCAUCUCUAGUAGUAGCUUCCAUUUGGUACGCGCGGAGGUGGAAGCGCCAGCACCAGCCUAAGCCACGUAAAACAGAAGGCAACUUUGGGGACGCGGCGCUUCUUGGACAGGGCACCUACGGUGCUGUCUAUAGAGGUAACCUGCAGGUGGAGGGCGAAGGAAGGCAGGUGGCCAUAAAAAGGAUCAUGGACACGAAGUCAGAUCAAUCGAAGAAGGACUUUGUUAACGAGUGCACACUUAUGAGACGCGUGAACCAUAAGAACGUUGUAGAUCUAUUGGGUUUCUGCGACGAAAAUGGCUAUCUCUUUCUUGUGUAUGAACUGAUAGAGAAUGGAAACCUCGAAGACCAUCUUUACCCUGGGGAGAAUGCCAUGGAUUUGCAAGCUUACACUGGGACGGAUCCCGCAGCCGCGCCUUUAUUGCUAGACUGGAACAAAAGAGAUAUCAAGCCAGCCAACGUGAUGCUGGACAGAUACUCCAACGCCAAACUGUGUGACUUUGGCCUGGUGAAGCUGGUCAGCCCUAACAAAACCUCGCAGUCCACGGACAACAUCCGUGGGACACCGGCAUACAUCGACCCGGCAUACAUAGACACCAGCAGGGCCAGUGACCAAAAUGACAUCUACAGCUUCGCCAUACUCAUGCUUGAGGUUGUGUGUUGCCAGAGACCGUCCCUGAAUACGGCUGGUGACAAAAACAUCCUCGUCGAGAAGGUCCGCACCUGUUACUACCAGAAGAAUGCAAUCCUCGAAGCAGCUGACAGACGGCUCAAGGGGAUGUCGUUCGACAAGCAGCUUGAACGAGUGCUCAUGAUCGGGCUCUUGUGUGUCCAGCCGGAUCGCCACCUGCGCCCAAGUAUCAAAAGGGUGUUAGAGUGCUUGACGAACCCGGCGGCAUCGUUGCCUCAUAUUCCCGCUGCAAAUCAUACCCUUUCCACGGUGUAUGAGAGUGGAUCAGUUGCAUCAACUUCCAGUAGCCGCAAUUCAAGUUAUGACGAGUACAGCAGCACGUCUUCCAGCGUGCACUCUGCACAUUCACGAGUCGACGAAGACGCUGGCACGGCCCCCUUCGUGACAAGCCGGUGCUGA